GUGAAGUUAGUUUGAGUAAGAAAUGUAGCCAAGGGUACACGCAACAGAUAUAUAUAUAUAUAGAUAGAGAGAGAGAGAGAGAGAGAGAGAGAGUAUCCCACUGAGGAAGGUACUUCUCCCGGCUCUCUUCUAACAUAGUCAAUUUGGGGCCAGUACCAGAGACUCUGUAAUCCAAUUUCAUAGCAAAUGGCAUUUCUUCAUAAACAUCACCUUCUUCUCUAUGUCCUUAUUCAAUCCAUUCUCCUGCUUUCUUAUCCUGCCUAUUCCUCAGGCCCUCAAAAUGGAGAGAGACAAAAUUUCUUCAAGGAAAUGGCGUCACGCCUCAAUGAUGAGGAGGAGAAUCUACUUCAAAGUCUAAAUGGCUAUCGAACAUCCUUAAACCUCACCUCCCUUGGUGAGAACAGCAAUGCAGACUGUUUUGCAGAUGAAAUAGCAAACCAGUUCAAGAAUCAACCAUGUUCCAAUACUACCGGAGCAGACACUGUUCCCGGAACUGAACCUCAGUUCUCCAACUACCCGGACCUAUUAGCCAAAUGUAGUCUAAAUAUCACUGACACAAGAGACGGUGUAGUAAUGCCUGUUUGUGUUCCCAACCUGGUCCCAAGCCUUGUGCUCACAAAUUAUACAGAGUCCCAAUACUCGCAAUAUCUCAAUGACAGCACUUACACUGGAGCUGGGAUUGGUUCGGAAGGCGACUGGGUGGUGGUUGUUUUAAGCACAAAAACCACUGGAGGUAGCUUCACAACUGACAACGCUGCAACUUCGACUUCCAUUGUUGGUUUGACACAAAACUUGAUGCCUUUGUUGUUGCUGUUGGGAACCUUUCUCGUCCCGCUGAGCUGAGACUGGUUACAAGUUUGACCGUCCUUUUUCUCAAAUUAUCUCUUAACACAUUCUUUGGUUGAUGAAAACUGCAGAUGUUAUCAAUAAUUGUGAGGAUGAGAACUUAGAGAAUAUGAAUUUUGUCAUUUUGUCA